CUUUUCUCGGCGUUCAGCGGGACGAUGUUGCGCCAAAUUGUCACCAUCUGGAGUUCGGUUGUCUGCUUACUCGUAGUUACUAGCAGCGCCAUCUCUAUUAACAUAACGAAACAACAUGUCUUUGGAUUUGGAAAAUUAGGUGAUGAAGUCUGUAUGAAAGAACUAGGCUGUUUUGCUAUAACAGAAGAUUUCAUUAGCUGGAUUCAUCGACCGAUCAAUGUUUUGCCUCAUGAUCGAGCUACGAUCAACACCAAGUGUCUUCUUUACACAAGAAAAUUUCCCAAAGAAUCCCAUCAACUUAUUCCGAGCGAUCCAAUCACUUUCAAAGAAUCCAAAUACAACCCCAAGAACCCUACAAAAUUCAUCAUUCAUGGUUUUAUGGACAGUGAACUUUACGGGGAUUGGAUGUUGGAUAUGAAAGACGAGUUUUUGAUGCACGGUGACUACAACAUCAUAAUCGUGGACUGGAGUGGUGGAAACAAGCCUCCAUAUUAUCAAGCAACAGCAAACACGAGGGUUGUAGCAGCAGAAGUGGCUUUGGUUGUAAAAGCAUUGGAGAAACACUUCGGAGCAAGGCGAGAAGAAUUUCACGUUAUUGGACAUAGUCUCGGAAGUCACAUAGCUGGUUACAUUGGUGAAAGACUAAAAACUCUGGGACGUAUUACAGGUUGCGAUCCGGCUGAGCCUUACUUCCAGAAUCUGCCACCUAGUGUGAGAUUGGAUCCAACAGAUGCCGAUUUUGUAGAUGUCAUCCAUUCAGAUGCCACAGAUAUUCUGUUCAUUGGUUUUGGCAUGAGCCAUUCUGUUGGACAUGUAGACUUUUUCCCGAAUAACGGACGGAAUCAACCUGGAUGCAAGACCGAUAAAUUUUUAUCAUUUGUUACAGAUGGAUUAAAAGAAGGCUUAAGGCGUUUUGGAGCUUGCAAUCACCAGCGUUCCUUGGAUUUCAUGAUUCACAGCAUUAAUUUCCGGAAGAUAGUACCUGUUGCAUACCAGUGCAACAACUGGGAGUCUUUCCUGGGGGGCAGAUGCGCCGAGUGUGGUAAAGAUACCAGUCAGUGCGCAAUAAUGGGCCUCAGGGCAGAUGAGUACUAUCAAUUUAGAAACUCUUCAAAAACUCACAACAUGUAUCUGCAGACCUCUGGCAAGAAGCCUUUUUGGCUUUAUCAUUACCAAAUAACCGUGAAGACAUACAAGCCCAGAGUUUCUCAUAAAAAUGUCAAACUUACCCUUGAAGUCACUUUGUUUGGAUCUAAAAAUGAUGAGUUAUUCAAGGUUCAAAAUGAAGCAAUCGAAUAUUAUCCUGGAGCUCGGUACCAAUACUUGGUUACAACUGAUAAAGAUUUAGGGGAAAUUAAAAGCGUUUCCUACAAAUGGUAUAGCGCAUCUAAAAAUCCAUCAGACUGGAUCUUCAAACCCAAGCUUUAUAUUGAAUAUGUAACAGUCAUCCCAAUGAAUGAAAUUGAAUCAUCUCCAAGAAGCAAGCACAAUAGAGCAUUCUGUGGAAAUCCGGAAAGUGGGGUGACACCAAAUACAAUUGCAACUUUACAUCGAGACGACAACUGUAUGAAAUAAAUACAAGAAUAAAAAAAAUAUAAAUUAAGCAAUUUCUGUUAAUAAAUGGUGAAUCUUGA